AUGGGAGAUGUCGAGGCGAAGAAGAAGCAUGUGCGGGAACUCGCGCUGCGAGGAGAGUGGACGAUGGCAAGCGCGAUCAAAAUGCGUGAAGAAUUCCAUCAAAUUGAGCGAACUUACGGCAAGAAGAUGCUGCAGAAAGCAACAGCAUAUGCUAAAAAAAGCAGUCGGACGCAGUUGAAAAGUCCUUGCGACAGAGACUUGCUGGUGCAGCGUCAAAUUGAGCAGAAGCGGCUCCUUGCCUUGGACAAGUUGCAAAAGAAACAAGCUGAAGCAACACGACGCAUCCAGCAGCCCCAUGCGAUUCCAGAUCAACCGACCAAUCGAGUGCGAACGUCUCCGUCGCCCCCACCCCAAUCGUAUCCCGUGAACAACAUACCACAGGUCAAGCCGUAUGCGAUCUCAGAUUUCAAUCGCCUUUUGGCGGAUAGCAUUUUCGACGACGAAUUCUGCGACCUGGUGCACUCCCUACUUUCCUAA